CCAUUUCAUUUUGGGGUUGUUUAGUGGUGUAACAGUGGAAGUGCAGCGUAAACAGUGGUGGAAAAAUUGGAUUGUAAUAACACUCCGCCUACAGGCCAAUGGAAGCGGCCGUCAACCCGCAUCACGACAGCUCCCUGGUUGGGUUGUCCGGCGGCGGGAUGGACCAACACAGUAGUUCGGGCAAACGCAUUCGUAAGCCCUCCCUGCUGUACGAAGACUUUGAGAGCCCGUCUUUGCCGCACAUGAUGCCUCAGGGUCCUCCUCCCCCACCACAGCCUCCGGUGAAGGAUCCCAGCCGGCCGAGCCGCAUGACCAACCAGCUGCAGUUUCUCCAGAAGACCCUGAUGAAGUCACUGUGGAGGCAUCAGUUUGCCUGGCCUUUCCACGAGCCUGUGGAUGCCUACAGGCUUAGCCUGCCGGAUUACCAUAAAAUUAUCAAACAACCCAUGGAUAUGGGGACCAUCAAAAAGCGCCUGGAGAACAAUUACUAUCGCAGUGCAAGUGAGUGCAUACAGGACUUCAACACAAUGUUCACCAACUGCUACAUCUACAACAAGCCGAACGACGACAUUGUGCUGAUGGCCCAGCCCUUAGAGAAGAUCUUCCUCCAGAAGGUGGCCCAGAUGCCCGAGGAAGAGGUUGAGCUGCCUCCUCCAACUCCUCGCAGCAAGAACAGCCGGGGAGGAGGUCGCAAAUUUAACUCGAGGGCUCAGCAGGUGCCGGCAGUGUCCCAGUCAGCCUACUCCCCUUCUUCCUCGGACACGGGGGAGUCCAUGCUGGCCAACUCUCCCCAGACUGUGCUAACCAAAAGCCUCCCACCGGCUAACAUCAUGAGCCUGCCGCUAACACAGCCCACCACCAAGAAAAAAGGUGUAAAACGUAAGGCAGACACCACCACCCCCUCCACCAUGGGAUUAACUGUGGGCAUGUCAGGAGCAACACACAUGGUGGGCUUGGGGAAAGGAGGCCACGGGGGCCAGGUCCACGACACCUCCAUGCACUCCAUCUCUUCCAUGGGGGGCAUGAGCCUGGAGACCCCGUCUGGGAUGGGCCUGGUGAGGAGCCCUGGAGGUCCCAUCCUGCUCCAGCCAAUGAUGGCGGGCGGUGGACGCAGAGUGGGCAGCGGACGCCCCAUCAAACCCCCCAAGAAGGACCUGCCUGACUCAGUCCAGGCUCAGCCCCUGAAGAAGGGCAAAAUGAGCCCCCAGCUGAGGUACUGCAGCGGCCUGCUGAAGGACAUGUUGUCAAAGAAACAUGCAGCGUACGCCUGGCCGUUCUACACCCCUGUGGACGCAGCUGCACUGGGACUUCAUGACUAUCAUGAUAUCAUUAAAUGUCCCAUGGACCUCAACUCCAUCAAGAGGAAGAUGGACUGUCGGGAAUACAGAGACGCUCAACAGUUUGCUAGCGAAAUCAGACUCAUGUUCUCCAACUGCUACAAGUACAACCCACCCGACCAUGAUGUUGUAGGCAUGGCACGGAAACUGCAGGAUGUGUUUGAGUUCCGAUUUGCCAAGAUGCCAGAUGUACCACAUAUGGAUCACUCAGCCAUGUCAAUAAGUGGCAAUCCAUCAUCAUCAUCUUCCUCUUCUUCCUCCUCCUCGUCCUCAUCAUCCUCCACCUCAGAGAGUGAGCCAAGCAGUGAGAGUGAAGGGAGUGAGAGCAGCCCUAACUCCGACUGCGAAGAAGUGCGAGCACAUCGCUUGGCUGAGUUACAGAAUCAGGUGUGCACACAACUCAAAGCCAUGCACGAGCAGCUCGCCGCCCUCUCUCAAGGCCCCAUCAUUAAGGCCAAGAAGAAGAAAGAGAAGAAGGACAAAAAGGAGAAGGAAAAGGAGAAGAAGAAAAAGAAGAAGCUGGAGAAGAGGAGUCGAACUGAAAGAAGCAGAGCUGGCUCUGAGGAAUGGAAAAUGCCCGGCAAGAUCCUGAAAAGCAAGUCUGCCAAAACAGGUGGCUCCCAGCCAAAGAAGAGCCAGGGGAAGAAGAGUAGCAAGAAUAGCAAGCCCACAAAGAAGCCCUUCUACCCCCCACCGCCCACAUCCAUGCUGCCGCACUACGACUCUGAGGAAGAGGAGGAGUUUGUGCCCAUGUCGUACGAUGAGAAGCGCCAGCUGAGUCUCGACAUCAACAAGCUGCCGGGGGAGAAGCUGGGUCGGGUGGUCCACAUCAUUCAGUCCAGGGAGCCUUCCCUGAGGGACACCAACCCCGAGGAGAUCGAGAUUGACUUUGAAACACUGAAGCCGUCGACACUGAAGGAGCUGGAGCGCUACGUCAUGACCUGUCUGAGGAAGAAGCCCCGCAAGCCUUACGGUGAACUAGUUUCAGCAGGAAAGAAAGGCGGUGUUGCCUUGUCUAAAGAGGAGCUGACUCUGGAGAAGAGGAGGGAGCUGGAGAGGAGGCUGCAGGACGUCAGUGGGCAACUCAACUCUGUCAAGAAACCAACGAAACCUAAAGUGGAGAAGCCCAGCGUUGUGGAGACCAACACUCAGCCCGCACGCCUCAGUGGAAGCAGCUCCAGCUCUGACUCCUCUUCCUCCUCCUCCUCCUCCUCGUCCUCAGACACCAGUGAUUCAGACUCUGGUUGAGAUCCUCAGCCCUGGCUAACAGAGAAAAUGCUAAUAACUCAGGGACUUGGGCUGGCCCAGGUCACAACAAACCCUGGAACGGCAGUGGGCUGAGAUAUUAAACACAUAGAAAAACACUCUGAGUGGCUUUGAAUGUGGGAAUGAGGGAUGAGAAACAACGUCUCUCUGGAUAACGGUAGAACCCAGACUCUAAAUGCCUUGGUUUCCCCCUCCUCCCCUUUGUAAAUAUUUGUACAAAUGUAUGUUUCUUUUAUAAAGAAGAAUUUUAUGGUGAUCCCCCAAAGAGGGAAACGGAUUUUAAAAAAUGUGGAAAGAUUGGCCUUACAAAUCUGCUCCGGCUGGCCUUGCGCUGCCCUCUGUGGAGAGGGAAUGGAAGAGCGUUUAUUUAUUUGUUUUCUUUACCCCCAUUUCCUCAGACAAUACUGGAAUUUGAACAAGCAAUCUGUUUGGUCUCAAGCCUUGCUUCUCUAACAUCUGGCCUUCUGUUCCACUUGAUUUAAAUAUCAACCCCUAGACUCGGCCUUAAUCAUCUAGGUUGUUUAUAAUAUUUCCGUUAUUUGGAUAAAUAAUAUAUUGUUAAGGAGCUCUAAGAUUCCUUCCCAGGAGUUAUUAGGUCGUAGAAAAACAAACCUCUGGUAUCGGACAUUUUAAGGACAAAGUAUGACUUUGGUUUGAGUUCUGAAUCAUUCCUCUUGUGUUUACACACAUUUCUCUUGAAGUUCAAUAUCAGUUUGACAUCAAGCUUUUAGCUGCAGUAUCUUUGUAUGGCAUGUUCAUGUUUUUAAAAGUAAAUUGGGUUCAUGGUACAGUAUAGAAAUGACUUAACAUACUUUAAUUACAAAGUUUGCAAUGACGUAACAUACUCAUUCAGUUGGUAUUGAUUUUGAUGGCAGCACUAACUUUCUGAUAGUCCUCCAGCCAUGUUGGACUGACUAGUCUUAUACACACGGCACUAGUUGAUUCUGUGUUCAGUAUCUGAAAUCAGCUCUUUACUGUUGUCCACAUUGCUCUUCAUUAUGUCAAACUGUAAUUGAAGUGUGUAUCUAUUCCUAAGAGCUGGACACAGGCUUCUGAAUGUUAUCUGAUUGUAGUGCAGGUUUUUAAUUUCCACAUGAAUCUCCUGAACAUGUGAAGUAUUGCAUUGCUGUUUCUUGAAGACAUCUGUAGCACUUAAAAACUCAGUGAGAGUUUCUUAAAGAAAUCUUUUGGCUACUCAGCACUUACUGGAACCAAUGUUGUUGAACAAGUAACAGCAAAAGUUUCCUAUUAAGAGAAAUCAAAGUCCUUACAGCCCCAUGCAUAGUUGAAGCUGUUGUUGAAUGUUCAGUAAAAGAAUAUAUGCUUGUAUAUACUUAAACUGUAUUUGCUGUUGCACACAUUAUUGUAUUUCUGCUGUUCUGUCCUUAUUUUCUUUUGAGUUAUGUCGUUUCCUUUUUACACGCUGUUAUUUCUCAUUCCAGUCUUAGUUGUUUACUGAAGAGAGUUCACAGGAGCAUCGCUGCCUCUCAGAAGCAUACCUUUCCUUUGACAAGUGUGUUUAUUAAAACAUUCUCUUCUGUAGAAAAA